AUGACGUCAGUAAGAAACCCACAAGUCAAGGAAUCUGUGAACAAGAUGUCAACAUUCAACGUUGCACAAUCAUCUCCCAACCAAAGAGAUGCCAAGAACGCUUCCCUUGCAAUGAAGAGCAGGCAGCAAGUUCUCAAUGAGGUCAACAAGCGGGGGAGGACGCUCUUGCAAGAUAACAGCUGGAUAAAGAAACGACCAGAAGAGGAAAACGUUGAAGAAAACUAUGGCAAAGUUGUCCUUAACCAAUACAAGUCACAAGACAGCUUACACAGGAAUGCAGAUGAAAAGGAUGAACAGAAAGCUUUGCUUAGCCGGUAUAGAUCGGAUACUACUUUAAAUAGAAUUUCUGACAGGAAUAAUGAUGACAAAGCAAAUACCCUUCCCACUUUGGCGAGCAGGCCAAAUAAUGGCAAGGAAUUAGUUGUACCUGGGACCACGGGCAUUGCCGCAUCUCCAGUGAAGAAGAAAAGGCAGUCAUGGAUGCCGCCCCCAGUUCCUGGUCAGAAGCCCACCUUUGACAACACGGAACCCCACAAAAGAGUGGCCUCUCCUUCAGACAAAACUGGAGGUCCAAAGAAGAUGGUGCACACAUCAGAGCCAAUGACACCUCCAAAGCCAAAUCAUGUUGUGAAUGACCAACUCAGAACAAGGCAAAUGUGUCCAGCAAAACCCAGCAAAGCAGAUGCUGACAGAAACACUACUACAGAGAGGACUAGGAGAAGCCAAGACCUGGACAGUCUCAUCCAAGUCAAAGCUGCAGCUGAUAAAAGUGAAAGGGGAAACCUGGAUGACCUGAUCAAAGAGAAGCCUUCAUCGAAUGGGCAUAACAAGGGAGAUUUGGAUGAUCUCAUACAAGGGAAACCUGCAUCUAACCAACGCAACAAGGGAACUGUUGAUGAGCUCAUCAAAGUGAAUCCUGCAGCUAAUGGAAAUAACAAAGGGGGAAAAGAUCUUGAUGACCUCAUUGAUGUCAGCAACACUGCACCACAAAACAGAAGAAGCCAAGACCUUGAUGACCUCAUUGUGAUAAAAUCCUCUACUGUGGAUCAAAAUAAAAAGUGGAUAUCUGAACAUGAGUGUGAAUCAGCCAAUGCUCCAGACAAACAGUCGGACACAAACUAUUCAUACCAGGUUACAAGAAUAUCCAGCUGUAAUGCCUCAAGCAGUUGCUCACAUCCAAAGGACACUGUUGUGUACACAAGGACAUAUGAGAAUAGCACGUUUCCCCGUGAUCCUUAUGAAAAGAUCAUCCAUGGAAAAUCUAUUAAAACUGUUUACUCAACUUCUGACAGGGCCGUUAUUGAAAAUGAAAUGUGCACAUACUGCCGGAAGGCCUUGGGCAUAGAAACGAAGAUGAUUCUGGAUGCCUUGCAGAUCUGCUGCCAUGCGACUUGCUUCAAGUGUGAAGUCUGCAAAGGCCCCUUGGAAAACCUGAAGGCAGGAGACAGUAUUUGGAUUCACAAGAACACAGUGCAUUGCGAGCCCUGCUAUUCUAAAGUGAAAGCAUCCUGGAUCUACUAA